GGAUUGCACAGAGGAAGCUGUCUGACUGCACCAAGGAGAAGUUGUGCUACCUGAGUGUUUUUUUAUGAAUUGUCCGCAAAAUUUUGCUCGCGAACACCUUUGGAAUGUCUUAUUCACCAGGUGACUUAAUCUGGGCCAAGAUGCGUGGCUACCCGCAUUGGCCAGCCCGAAUCGAUCUUCCUGCACAAGACGAGAAAAUUCCUCCUAAAAAAUUUGCCAUCUUCUUCUUUGGUACUCACGAGACGGCUGUGAUGCAAGCCAAAGAUUUGUUUCCAUAUGAGAAGAACAAAGAUAAAUUUUUGAAAAACUCAAAUAGAUCAAGAAGAGGUUUCAAAGAAGCUUUAGUGGAAAUUUUGGAGAAUCCAAAGGUGAAAUGGGGUAUGCGUGGACAGGAUGUGGAUGAGCAAGAUUCAGAGGAUGAAGAGGGAGAAGGAGACGAAGAUUCUGGGGAUGAGAAGAAGUUAGAGGAUGAAGACUCUGAUGAAGAAGAUACUAAGCCAUCAAAUCAGGAAGCAAGCAAUGAAGAGAGAAAAAUGAAGAUAUCACAGGGCAAAAAGAGACGCAAGUCAGAGUCAGACAAGGAAAGUUCUUUAGAAGAAACACCAGAAGAGGAAAGUUCAGAUGGUGAUAAAGAAGAAGAAUAUAAACCUGCUCCCAAGAAAAAGAGAGUGUCUUCCAAAGAGGCAGGGAAGAAAAGGAAAUCAUCAAAGGCCAUUAGUGACAGUAGCAGCAGCAGUUCAGAAAAUGAUGCUGAUCAGAAAGAAACAAGUGAAGAAGAAAGUAUACCAAAGAACAAGAGAGCAAAAACAAAAACAGAAGCAGAAGAUAAACCAAAGUUCAAGAAGGUGAAAGGAGAAGACAGAAAGAAAAAAGAUGAAGAUAAAAAGGAAGGGGAAAAGACAUCAGACGAGGAAAAGGACGCCAUUAAAGAUGGAGGGAAGAUAAAGGAAGAAGAUGAAGAAAAAAGCAAAGAUGCAGAGAGGAAAAAACAGGAGAAACUCCAAAAACUUGCAGAGAAGAAAGCAAUGUUAAAGGAAAAGAAGAAGAAAGAGAAACUUGAACAAAGGAAGGCUGAAAAACUGGCAGCUGAGAAAGCUAAAGCACUGGAGAAGGAAAAGGAAAAACAACGUGAGAAACAGGAACGGGAGAAAGAGAAGGAGAAGCUGAGAGCAAGACAAGAAAGAGAGAGGGAGAAGGCAAGGGAAAGGGCUGAAAGAGACAAACAGAGGGAAGAGGAAAGAAAAGAAAGAGAAAGAAGAAAAUCAACACCUCCUACAGUGGAAGAGAUUUUGGACAAAAUGAAUUAUGAUCUUGUGAUGUCUCUCACUGUCGAGGCUCCAGAUGUGCCAAGAUGUUUAAAAAUUAUCACUCAGAUCUUCGAAAUGGAGAUAAACCCAGAUAUCAUAAAGAAAAACCCAGACAUAGUUCAGACCAUUAAAAAGAUACGAAAUUACAAACAGAAUUCCAAAGUGCGAGAAAAAGCGAAUCAACUCUACGCGCAUUUUAAAUCACUGUUUAGCAUUUCUGGAUCAGAUUCGAGAAGAGAAAGUACUUCGCUUGAUCUGUCCUUAGUGCAAACUAACGAAAGAACAGAACAAAGUAGAGCAGAUGGCACGGAGGAACUUGAUAACAUUAAAGAAGAGACAUCCGCAGAACCCCACCUCACCCCUACUGAGAAUGGCGGUGAUCACCCUGUCCCCUCCACCGAAACCAAACUUGAGGAUAGUGGACACAGGAUCGAACAAACUUCAACGGAAGAUAAAGCUUCACUUGAAAACAAUACGAUAAUGGACGAUCUUACUCCAGAACCUUUGGAAGUAAUUAACGAUCCCACGGCGAAUUUAUCACCGUGUGAUAUGGAGAUAUCAAGCCCUGAUUGAAGGAUAACACUAUUACGUUGCGGAUGAUGUGUUUGUUAUGUUAUGUUUAGUAACUCUUAGGAGAUGAUCGAUCGAUUACUGGCCGAGGGAAGAAGUCUAACUCAAGAAAAACUGCGACGCCUGUUUUUAACAGAAAAGAACAUAAUCAUCUGUUUUAAGAUUUCGUCCAUUUUGAUGUUAUGAGGCUUUCGUCAAAUGAGAUUCUCCCUGUUUAACGUUUUGUUCCAACAAGAGUUAGAGUUAGGGUCUGUUCUCAAACUGCAUCAUUUUUAAUCUCUGUACUGUAUGUUGUUUUCUUAGUUCCUAUUUGUUCUUUUACCUCAUUUGUAAUAUUAACUUUACGAACGUUAACGGCGUAAAUUUAUCAAAGCGCAUGUCAGAAGUUACGACGCUGGUCAUUGAAACGUGGCUUCAUAAUUUGUGGGUCUUGGGGUGGGGUGACACUGGAUGCAUCAUCUGCGACAAAACAACAGAAGACGAUGAACGCAUGUUUUCAACAUUUUUUUCGUUUUUUUGUUAAAGAUCCAUCAGCUUCUUUAUCAGCUGAUGAUGGUUCACCACUUUUAGUCCCCUUUAGAUCUCGUCUUCUCCCUUAACAAAACAUAUUUUUAACCAGUAAAUAUUAGAGAAAGCAGAGGUAAUACAAAUUAAAGAGAGAGGCUUCACCGAAACAUAAUUAAAAGACAUUAUGAAAAAGAUGAUUUA